AAUUGAUAAAUGUAUAUAUAUAUAUGCAGAGUCUUGUGACUAAAUAACCAUCACAGCUGACACACAAAUAAUCAUCACAAUACAGUAGGGAAGAUAAAACAUGCCGACUACAUUCACGAUGGUCGGAGGUGAAGGUCCUAACAGUUACCAACAACAUUCUACACAUCAGGGAGCAUUGCUUGAAGCUUCAAAGGAGAAGAUCAACGAAGCCAUCUCCACUAAGCUCGGCAUUGAUUUCACUUCAGGUCUCAUUAGCAUUGCAGAUUUCGGUUGUUCCACUGGACCUAACACUUUCGCCGCCGUACAAACCGUAAUAGAUGCCGUGGAACACAAGUAUCAAAAAGACAUUGAGUUCCAAGUUUUCUUCAACGAUUCUUCAAACAACGAUUUCAACACUCUCUUCAGGACACUUCCUCCUGCUAGAAGAUAUUUUGCAACUGGAGUUCCAGGGUCUUUCUUUGGUCGUGUUCUUCCUAAGAACAGUUUCCAUGUGGGAGUUGCUUCUUUCGCACUCCAUUUCGUAUCCAAGAUUCCUAAGGGAGUUAGAGAGCGCCAUUCUCCAGUGUGGAACAAGGACAUACAUUGCACUGGAUUCUCGAAAGAGGUAGCAAACUUGUACCUUGAUCAAUACAAGAUAGAUGUGGGGAGUUUCUUGAACGCGAGAGCUCAAGAGCUCGUCUCCGGUGGAUUGCUAUUGUUUCUUGGACAUUGUCUACCAAAUGGGGUUCAAAUGUCCGAAACGGUUAAUGGAAUGAUGAUUGAUAUCACUGGAUUUGCUCUUAAUGAAAUUGCCAAGAAGGGUCUUAUUGAUCAAGAAAAGCUCGACGCUUUCAAACUGCCUGUCUAUCUUGCACAUGCGGAUGAGUUGAAGCGAAUAAUCGAGAACAACAAAUGUUUCAGGACCGAAGUAUUCGAAAAAAUUAGUCAUUCAAAGGAAGAAUAUCAGAUAGACUCAGACUAUUUAACGGUCGCAUUUAAGGUCACAGUUGGAGGAUCUGUCGCUUCUUACUUUGGCGAAGAUGUAAUGGAGAAAACCUAUGAGAUUGUGAAGGAGAAGACACAAGAACUACUUCCACAGAUAGCCAACGCCAAACCCGGAAUGCAAUACCUCAUUGUGCUUCGAAAAACCUGAUUUCCUGAUAACCGUAGAUCUAUGAGGUGAGAUCAUUCUGAGACAAUGUUUUACUUUUACCAUUACAAUGAUGUGUUUGUGUUCGUUAUUCAUGGUGUUGAUUCUAAUGUCCAAUAAAAUAUUAAUAUGAAUAACUAUAAGUGAUUAGAUUGCA